CUGAUCACUAACAGGAAACAUGGUCAAUGUAGGCUGUGCCUGUUGAAUGUGAGUAAAGUAGAGGAGUGUGUCUGAACGCUGCCUACUGAGUCGACAGAGGUUGAACAGAGAGGAAGCAUGGAAGCUGUGUUUAGACUGCAGGUGAUGCUAUUAGGAGUCUCUUAUGGUGUGGAAACUCACUGUGAUGGCAGACAGAAUGGAACUCAGUGUUAUGGAGCUUUGGGAGGAACAGUGGACAUCCAGCUGAUUAACAGCACCUCAGGAAUAUUUAGAUUACAGUUGAUGAAAAAUACAUUUUCAUUACUCACUGUGAGAAAUAAUAGUAUUACACUCAAUAAGACACAAGAGAAAUCUGUCUUUAUUUCCAGUAAUGGAACAUUUAGGAUGAGUAACCUGAACUGGACAGACAGUGGGAAUUAUAACCUCCAAACCUUUGAUGCAAAUGGAACAGCAACAGGCGAGCGGAUUUUAUAUUUGUUCAUUCAAGCUCCUGUGUCCUCUGUCCUGUUGGUCUCUGAGUGUCUGUCCCAGGGAGAGAUGAGGGUGUCCUGCUUCUCUGAGGGAGGGGACAGUCCUCAGUACAGCUGGACUCUGGAUGGAAGCACACUGACAGAUGCUGAGCUCCUUUCUAGAAACAAUAACAUCAUCACUCUGAAACAGCACGUCUCAGGACAUCUGGUCUGCUCAGUCAGGAACAACGUCAGUGAUGUCUCCAAAGAAGAGAGGAUAUCUACCUGUGAAGCGGGCAUUUUGCCAUUAAUUGGUGGAGUUCUCUCAGUACUGGCAAUUUUCUUAGUUGUGGGCGUAGCAGUCAUCUGUGCUCAGACGAAAAAGCAAAACAACAUACAUCCGAAAAAAGAGGAAGAAAACGACCAGGAAGUGUCCUAUAGUGAGAUCAAGAUCAUGAGGGGACAGGGGCAGAAAGUGGAGCAAAGCAUACAGUUGGAGGUGGAGUAUGGCCAAGUCAGGUUUUCACAAGGACCUCGUCUGACUGAAUCAACAGGAGAUGGUUGUUUGUAUGCCAAUGUCCGUAGAAUCAAGUGA